GGUGAUGCGAUAGUUGGGCAACUUUUCAAUUCUCUAGUCGGACAACAUCUCGAUCAGUUGAGCUACAGUUCAGUUGCUCAUUCACUCAUUUGGAUAUUGAAUGUAACGUGCAAUUAGAGGGUAUGGUACUUUUUGACAACAUACGUCUUAUAAAGGAGAUUGAGAAACGGCCUCCUUUAUACAAUAUUGGGCACAAGGAAUCCAACGAUCAAAUUAUAAAAAGGGUGUUAUGGGAGGAGGUCUACGAAACAUUGUUUCCUGCGUGGAAUAAUCUUACAGCUGAACAAAAAGCAACAACAGGGCGAGAUGUUCAACAGCGCUGGAAAAACAUACGCACGUGUUUCACACGAGAAUUAAAGGCACAGCGUAGGUUGAAGUUGGGGCAAAUUUCACAUAAACGAAGGAAGUAUGUGUAUUUUGACAAUUUACUGUUUCUCCUGCCAUCAAUAAAGCCACGGAGUACCUAUAGAGAGACCACUCCAAUCAAAGAGAAGGAAACACUUUCCAGCGAUGAACUUACAACUAAUACUAUUUUCAUCCAGAAAUAUGAAGCAGAAUCGGAGAGGCUAGAGGACCCUCUGCUCAUCUCACCUACAGCUAGUGAAGAACCAAAGAGGCCAGAGGAAUCUCUCCUUCAGUCACUUACAGUUCAUGAAGAAUCAAACCAGACCAGACCAGAAAAAUCUCUUCCUAAGCCACUUACAGUUAGAGAUAAGACAGCAGCUGAAUGUGAUGCAGACACACAUUUUGUGUUAUCUCUUGUACCAUUUCUGCAGUCACUAAAUGCGGAAAAUAAACUCAUUGCACAAAUUGAAAUAUUGCAAGUAUUUAAAAAAAUUGAAGAAAGGCAACGACGGCCCUUACCAAGCAGUGAAAGUUUGUGCACAGUCAACUUAAAUUAGUUAAAUGUGUCUGCAAAGGAAAGAUCAACUGACAAAUAAUGGCAAGAGUGUUUCAGGAAAUUGUAAAAGAUUCAGGAACUGCAUGCAUCAGCCCAGAGUUUGUAAUCCGUAAGAUGUAUUUGCAGUCUUUGUCAACCAAAGGAAGAUGUCAGCAAUACUAAUAAAUGAUUGAUGAGUGUUUCCUCACAUUCAUCAUUGUAGAUUUAUACAAUCCUCACAUGUUAAAUCAGCAAGAAAUUCAUUCUUGCAUUAUACACCUAGAUCAUCUUUUGACUUCAUUUCUUUGCACACAACACAAAAAUAAUCAACUUAAUGAACAGGGAAAAAAGUAACAUUGCACCGGACACCAUGUUUCAGUUGGUCAUAAACAAGCGUAACGAAGGUAUUGCCAUGGCUCACAGGUAAUAGAAAGAACUGUCUUAGCACUGAAUAAAUGCAAUGGAAUUUUAUAGUAUGACGUGAGAUAAUAUUAUAUUCCUUGAAAAACUUCUUGUUCAAAAUUUCAUGAAAUAGGUCCACCUCCAUAGCAGAACAAUCAUCUUGUCUGACAAGACAACAUUCCCAGGUGUAAAUAAAUAAUCUUGAUGAAACUUGACAGGUCUGUAGAGGGUUAAAAAUAAUGCAAUACAUAUUUUUUGUUCCUGCCUAAUUUCACUUUCAAGAGGUAAAACACACCCAGAAGGUAAUGUGUCAUACUAGGUUUGACUAUCUUUGAAAGCAUGAAGUACAGAAAGUGUGUAUCAUAUAGAGGUUAAAAUGUAAUUAAACUAUCUGGCUUGUAACUAUCCACCCUCUGUACUAUAUGGCCUACUUAAUUAAUAUCAUAAUAAUACUUUACCACAAUGAAAUUAGUAUUAAUUUAUUGUACAAACAGCACUUUUCCAAACCUUUAAGAAGCAGGUGCUGGCUACAAUGCUGUGUGGGAUUUUAAAAUGUUUUAUGCAUCUUUCGUGCUUCUAUCACAUCUGGAGUCACAGUUAUAUGGUGCAAAUUGUGUCGUUAGUACUGAAUAAAUUACCAGAACCGUUCUUUAACAAAUGAUACUUGGAAGCCCUCUUCCAACUUGUAGUGAUUAUACAUCAGAAACUACGUGCUGUAAAGUGAUUUCAUUCUGGGGUAGCAGCCAAAACUAUUGCUUUGGAGCUAGAGUAAGAAUAAGUACUGUUGGAUAAUAAAAGAAAAAUUGUGCAGAAAUUGAAAAGUGGUGCCCUUCUCAAGCCAGUGGAUGUGGAAUUAAAGCAAGGACGGCGAUGUUGAAAGAUACACUCAAAGAAGUUGAGGAAGCUUCAUUUUUGUGGCGUGAACAUUUAAAAGGAAGAGGUUACUGGGCUGCUAUUUGCUAGAAAAGUCAUUGCAAUUUCAGGAGCAUAUAGAAGAUGAUUCAGAAUUUACUGACAGUGAUGGACGACUGUAUCAGUGGGCCGGGGGGGAUUCAGUAUUAACCAGAUUACUAUUAGUGAAGAGGCUUUAUCCACUGACAAAAAUGUUGUGCCAUUAUUUAAAGACUACUUUUCAAAGUUAAUUGACAAGGAGGGAACUUAUAGUGAACAAUUGUACAGUUGCUGUGAGAGUGGUUUGUAUUAAAAGAUGCUCCCUAGAAAAACGCUUGCUUCAAAUACAGGUGUUGCAGCACCUGGUUACAACAAAAGUAAGAAAUGGGUAACAAUAUUGGCUUGCAGUAAUGCAACUGGCAAUUACAAACUUAGGCUUACAUUAAUAGGGAAAUCGUGGAAACCUAGAGCUUUCAGAAACAUAGAAUCAGGAAUCACUGCCCCUAUAUUCUUAUCAAAAGAAAGCAUGGAUGAAUUUAGAAAUAUUUAAAACCUGGUUUCAAAAUGAAUUUGUACAGCUGUAGAGAGAUAUGUGAAAGACAAAAUUUACCGAGAAGAGCCUUCUCAUCUUGCCAGUGACAACUCACACAUGGAGAUAUCAGAGCAUUAUUUUUACCAUCAAACAUGGAUGCUCUUUGUCAGCUGAUGGACAAUUGCAUCCUCGAAACAUUUAAAAAGUAUUAUUGCCACCAUCUGAUCAGUUCGUGGACAUUAGCAAUUGAUAAUAAUGGAUACUGUGUAAGCAUUCUGAAGAGGAUUGACUUGCUACAUGUUGUAAGGUGGUUGCCCAAACUUGGGAAGAGAUUCCGAACAUGUCACUUGUAAGGCCUUGGGAAAUUGUUUUAGACUAUGAAGGUGGACAUCUUCAUUUUGAAUCGACAUGUGGAGCCAAAAUCAAAGACGGAAUGGUGAUACUCUUUUGUUGCUCAGAAAUGUACUGGACUGUGAGGAUGAGGAGCAUAUCAGAGAAUGGAUGGCAAAUAAUGAAGUGGAUGAACUAACCUGCAACAAUGUGAUGGAAAUGCUUAUGCAGGGGGAUGUAGUACAAGAAGAGGGGUCAAACUUAGAUAAUAGGAGAAAUCUCGUACCACAUUCGAAAGGGUUCAAGAUGAAUUAAGUAGUGCUGCAGUACAUUAGUGAUAUUGUCGGUUUGCAUAAGUGGAGGGAUGUUGCAGCACGGAAGAAGGCUCAAAAUGUGAAACACUCAUCUUUCAAAGACUUUUUUAAAACCUCGAACUUAUAAGUUUCAUCUUUUUUGCUAGACCGGACAUUUCAAAUGUGCAUAAUGAUAUAUUCAUACUUGAGAAUGCAGAUGGUUCUACGUUUCCUGUAAUAAUUUUUGAAGGUUGCAGUAUGUGCAUAUCAAACAAUUGUAACUACCAUGGUUUACGUAAGAAGUCAGAAUACAUUAAUAAAAUUGAAUUUUGGUUGUAAUGAAGGAUGUUUGGAAUGGUACAGCUGGAGUCAGAAGAGAGAAUUUAUAGAACUCCUGUCUGUCCACCUUCUUUGUUAUCCAACCUGACCUUCCACCACAUUAGGCUGCAUAUUCGAGAGUCUACUAUAAUCAAUUUCUGUAAUAAUUUGAAAUUUUGCAAACUACUCCACAACCAUUAAUUUAUGUUUGGAAAACUUGUGUUGCAACAUAAAUUAAAGAAGCUUUCAUACAACAUCUACCCAUUUGUAGUAUAGCUGCAUUCCAAAAUGCCAUUUUUCAAAAAUAAGUUGUACACAAUAUGCAGUCAGAGUAUUUACAAAAUACUUAAUUAAAAUAUCUAAACAUUCAUUAUUAUACUAAUUUUUGUUAUACUUAUUUUUGUUUUAUGUGUUAAAUCAUAUUUUUACUUUUUAAAUUGAUUGUAUGUGGUGUUAUUUUUACAUAUUUGUAUUUUAUUAAUAUAAAAUAAUGAGUAACCCACCAUUACUUUACAAAAUAAUUACAAUAAUGAUAAUCUGUAAAGUAAUGUGUAAAACAUAACUUUUUUUACACCAUGCACAUAAAAUAAAAUUUCUUUACAUAAUGUACACAGUGGGCAACACAAUACAGUAGAAACCUGCUAAUCCAGUACCUUCAGGAUCUUUGCAGCCCUGGACUACCGAAAAUGCCGGAUUACGAGCAUCGUCAAAAAUAGCAGUGUGAUACAUGGCAAACAAUGGACAAUGGCCAAUGGGCAGCAAGCCUUUGAUUGUUUAUCAUACAUUGUAUGCUUUUGUUAAAGUGGUGGAAAAUGUUUAAUACUGUAUAAAACAACAUUUUAGAGAACAAAUGUAAGACUUCAUUGCAUCAUCCUGUAAUGUAAUUUUAAGAUUUUAUGUUAAGUUCAGGACAGUACAGUAUUAUAUUGUAGUACAGUACUUUUUAUGGUUUAUACUACAGUACAUACAAUUUUAAGAUUUUAUGUUAAGUUCAGGACAGUACAGUAUUAUACUGUAGUACAGUACUUUUUAUGGUUUAUACUACAGUACAUACAAUAUUUUUAUCAUUUAUUCAUUUGCAAUAAGAACUAAUGUCCUAUUCCUUUUUUGUGAUUGAUUAUCUACUAUUCAGUGGUGGAUUUUCAAAAAAUUAACAAUAAAGAUUUUUUUCUGAACUGCUUUGGUGCAGAAUAAAGCCUGAUACUCUUGGGAAGUCUUGGCAAAAAUUCUGGCUGUUCUUAAACUGCUAGAUGUUGCUCAAAAUGAAAUAAGAAAUUUGGCAUGAGAUGAAGUUUUGGACUGGACAGACAUUGACAGUAGUCAAAGUAAUUUCAGACAAACAUAUAGCAGAAAAUGUGACAGGGGCACAAUGAGAACACUGCAACCACCAGAUAUCGAAUCCGAUGAAGAAGAAGGGUCUGAUGCAACAAACUCAACACCUCCAUCUACGAGGAAGGAUAUUGAUACAUUUAUAAGAUUUUCUGAAAGCAGCAAAUCAUACAACAUUGCAGACCUUAUAAAUUUAAUUUGAGUGUGCCAUACUGUCAGAUGCCACAUUAACAGGCUUUUACUGUAAAAACAAGUUUUGGUAUGAUUAUCAAAUUGUGGUGGGUGAUGCUCUAAAUAUCCUGAUUUGCAUCAGACAUCUUUCAGCACAUUGAAAACCAUUGGUAAAAAGAAUUGAUUAUGUACUUGUGACUGCAGUCUCUCACAUGGAGAUUGAUGUCACCAUCAUACAGCAGAACCGAAUCUGGAAAUCCCAAUAUCGAAAGCCUUAUACGUCCAACAGCUGUACCCAUUAUGUCAAGUCUUUUGGGAUCACUAGAUGAAAAAGUUCAUUUUCCUCAGGUGUGAUACUUAAAAACGAUUCUUUCACACUGAACACCACCAAGAAUCUAACAUUAAUACAGAUUUUUCUCCCAUACUGGGAAAGAAAACUUUUAUCAGAUACCUUUUGAUGUGGUCAGAUAUUAGUUUACUGUAUUUCAAUGCUGUUGUAAGAACAUUUUGGGCAUCAAAGAGAUUUUUAGUUCUAAUUCAUUAGCUUCUUUAAAAAAAUAUGAAAAGAAUACCAAGCAAUUUGUCAUUGGAAGGUACUGAAUUCUGUAUCUUUGUGGCAUAUCUCCAUAGGCACUCGUGAACAGCAUCAUGCAAACAGUCAAACAGCGUAUGUAUCAUCAGCAAAUGGCACCGUGCUGAGACGAUAUGUUCUUGUACAUACUACUCAUUGUGCUAUCCGUUAAGAACAGUUCUUCACGACGUGAUGAAUGUGAUUUCAGGACUUGUUUUGUACAUUAAUACGUGUUUAUAAAAGGACUGCAUAAUGUGGUAACACACUUUUUACCAUCUCCAGUGGCACCAUGUGCGGUAUCAUUUCUCACUAGCCACAACUGUGGUUUCCCACCUACCAGCUCAUGGGGCACAGGUCUGUACUGCUAGUUGCUGACACCAUAGACCAUGUCACGAGUAUGCCAAGAGCUGCGCACACUGCAGUCUUCUCACUAACAUAUCCUGUUAUAUAAACCAGUGCCACCAGUUCUGCAGCAGUGUGAUAGAACUGUACAUUGCCACUGGACUUCCAUCGCACAUUACACUCUUCAGAACAUCUCCUCCCUCAUGGACUGCUCUUUUGAGUGCACUGAUUUCUGUACUUGGCCAUCAACAUGAUGGGCUUAUCUUUGGAUUAUUCUUUGGACUGCCUGCGCUUGUCAAUAUUCAAUGUACUUGUGUUGUUGAAUAAACGUGUUGCCAAACUGAAACUGCAUAUUAUGUUUAAAAUACACCA